AUGAAACUCAAUGUUGAUGGGGCUGUCUUCCAAGACCAACACAGGGCAGGGGUGGGCAUCAUUCUUAGAGAUGCAAAUGGGGAAGUAUUAUUGACUGCAAGCAAGAAGGAGAAGGAAGUCAAUGAUCCAGCAGAAGUAGAGUUGCUGGCAAUGCUGAGAGGCUUACAACUAUGCCCUCCCUUGGGCAUCGAGGAGCUUAUUAUGGAGAGUGACUCAUUACUCAUGGUGACUCAGGUGCAAGCGGUAGAAGAGUAUUGGUCCUUGCUCGGCAACAUAGUCAAGGAAAUAAAGCUACUCAUGAAAAGAUUUAGAAGAUGCACAAUUCAACAUGUUGGACGUAUGGGGAAUGUAGCUGCUCAUAAAUUAACUAGAUGA